AUGGAGGUCGGCGGCGACCUGGAGUCCCUCCUACAGGCGAUCAAAUCCUCCGAGGUGCUGGAAGAUAGAAUUGGCCUUAUCUACCGACUUGAGAGUUCCUUUGUGUAUUCUGCGGAUGAUCUGAGCUCAAUACUUGACAGUCUUAUUGUAUCUUGGGAUGAUUCUGGAUGUUCAGGUCUAUCGCACUGCAUGCUACACAAGUCAAUUUUGCAGGUUGCUCUGAAAUGCUCAUGUACAGAUACAGCUGGUUGUCUGGGGCAAUUUCUUGCUCUUGGUGCAAAGGCGAGCUCAUGGUGUGGAAAGCAUCUCCUAUCGUCCGUCGAAUUUAUUGAUGAUUCUCAACAGGAAGAACACUCCAGAAUACUCCCAGAGAUAAUUUCAAUGGCCUUAAAUAUCUCAAUCAAGAUCCUUCCUUCCACGGCAAAAUGUGUUACUGUAGAUAUGGUGCAUAAUAUUGGUGAUUUUAUCUCAGAGUUGCUAAGUCUUAUGGAAAGCUCAAUAGUUGACAACGACAAGACUUUGCUUAACCUUAUUUUAGUAGAUGAAAUAACUAAGCUGUGCCGGGCAUACUCUGAGGCUGCAAAAGUAGAUAACUGCACAAUGAGUAUAACCGAUGAAGAUGCUACUGUGAAACACAACGAACAAGGUCUUGCUAGUGAUGUCACCAGGAUUACAUCAUCCGCUAUUCAGACUAUGUGUAGAUUGGGAAUCUAUGCAGCAUCCAGUGGUGGAAGCCAGGUGACUUUACUGAAUGCAUCAUGGAAGGGUGUAGUCUCCUUACUGCAAAGUGGUAAAGGGAUGAUUGAAGGAAAAGUAAAUGUCAGAGAAAUCAUUGUAACCCUUCUAUCUCUAUCAGUAGAAUCUCUAAGAGUUGCUGCUGAAACAUGGUGCACGCCGUUACUAGAAACCCUUGGUGCCACUGAAGCCAGAAGGACAUUCCUACCAAUCAAGUUUUUCUUAAUAAAUGCUGUAAGGAUUUGUUCAAUAUAUCCAUCUGAAGCAAUGAUUAUAUACAAGAACAUAAUCAAUUGUGCAUUGGUGAUCACAUCCUCAAGCAUUCUAUUUAGCAAGAAGCCACGGUUGAAAGCAGCAAAUGAGGCACUUGCUGAAUUGUUGGAGCCUACUUUAUUUGUUUUACUAGAUACACUUAUGAAGUCAUCUGACUUAACACCAGAAUCCAAAUGCCAGCUUGCACAUUAUUUUUUUGAAAACGAAGAAGCUAAGAGUCCAGAUCACAUGGGACAAGCUAAUCAGAGAGAGAUAAAUUUGUCCUCAUUGGAUUGCAUUUUCUCUACUGAUUCAGAUGUGGAUCAUAGAAAUAGAGCACUUUUACAUGCUGAGUUGCUUGUGUUUUUGCACUUUCUCAAUGCUUCCUCGUGGUUGGCAGAAAUGGUGGUCAUCGCAUUAUCUAAAAAGCUACAGACUCUUCUUAAUAUCUUGACAUCAGAAGACAUCUACUCCUAUGUCCUUGGCUUCCAAAUCCCUGCCUUCAAUGGCGCAGACCAUUCUCCUGCAGUUGUUUGGCAGCCUGUGUUUACUUCUAUCAUACAAGCAUUGAAGACUUUUAUGAUUUCUACUGUUGCUUCAAUCUUCCUUCUAUUAAAGACUGUUGCAUCACCAGAGGAUGUUCUUGCACCUCUCAGUGCUUUGCGGAAAGUUGCACGUUCAUUGUGCAUGAUCUUGAGCUAUGCAUCUUCUGCAACUGUUGAUCAAAUAUAUACUAGUGUGCUGAAUGGUGAAAACUCUUCCAAGUCUUCAAUCUUACACUUAGCAUUGCUGAUGGAAGGAUUUCCUUUGGGUUCAUUGUCUGAUGGUACAAAGGAACUUGCUGUGAAGAAAAUGUUUACCUCUUUUGCUGGCUAUCUGGAGAGCUACUCCAAGAACCAUCGAGUAAUCAAUGUGCCAACUUCUAGCUUGGGUGUGAUAGGACUUCCUGUGCAUGCUCUAGCCUCUACAUUGCAGCAUUGCGUAAGAAAGGAUGAUAGUAUUGUAGAUGAGAAGAGCAUCACUGCUAUGUUUAAGUUCACCAUCUCUCUCAUAAAGAUGUAUAGAACUGCACCAGAUAGCAGUACGGAUAACCUUGCCAAGCACAUUAGUUCCAUGUUGGUUAUUAUCUCAAACACAAGGCAUCUUUGCGCAUUCAGUGAGAUGGAGCAGUUGACUCUGCAGUUGCGCACUCUGUUCUUGUCCACUUCUGAUAAAUCAAAUGCAGUGCUGUCUCAGUGCAAACCGUCGAUGACUUCCUUUAUGUCAACUCUCGGUCACUUGAACAUUACCGAAGAUGAUGCUAACGAACUUUGUUCUGCAAUAUGUGAUCUGUAUCAUCUCCUGCUGAAGGAACGGCAUUGGGCACUCAUGCACCUCUCAAUGGAUUCCUUUGGGUACUUUGCUGCCCGCACAUCCUUUACACAGCUCUGGAGAUCUGUUCCUGGAGAUGCCGCCCUUUCGUACAAUGCAAGCACAGGGACGAGCAUAGAUGAAAACGGAUUCAUGCUGGGGUUGAGAGCUUAUCUUCAGAAAGAGGUUUCCUUGCACACUGAUAAAUGGUCUGAAGAGCAAAUUCGGCUCCUGGUUUCAGAGGGGAGAGCGCUGAAGAAGCUGGUUGAAGCUUAUUGUGAAAUUCCAGUUGUCUCUGAGCCUGAGAAGGCGCCCAUCGCAAAGGAUGCCAGCACGAAGAAGAGGAAGAUGCCAGAUGGUAUCUGUGAAGGGAUGGCGAUGCUGCAGAACGGUCUCAAGGUAAUGCAUCUAGACCAAACUGCCUUUGAUGAAGCGGACUUUGCUGAGCUGAAGCAUAGGUUUGCUGCACACUUGUCUCGCCUCGAGGAUGCAGUUUCCCAAUUUGCUAGCUUAUCCGAUGAAAUCUGA